GAGCCGCCUCUAUCCGACUACGUAUACAAUUGUGGUCACAAGCCAGUGGCUAUGGUCUUAUACCUUCCAUAUCCUCGGCAUACAGUGCUAUGACCACUUCUACCACCGCGCCACCGUAUGACAGUACGGUGGAGCAGCUAUACCAUGCUGCAAACGAUGUUGAAAUGCAGGACGCAUUCCCAACGAACAAGAUCUAUUUUUACAUAGUUAUCGAUACGAACGUACUCAUCGACUACUGUGGCAUCAUCGAGCAAUUCUGCUUCGACGUCGAGAAGGCGGGUCACCCAAUCAUGGUCGUCAUACCCAGUGUCGUCCUAGGGGAGCUAGAUGGGCUCAAAAACCGGCCCGAGCUGCAGUGGUUUGCGCGGCAGGCGACCACAUGGCUCCUGAAGAAGGUCAAGGAGAGGACGACGGUUAAGCUUCAGUCAGCGAAAGAGACACUCAGCCCCGGGGCGCGCACCGAGUCCGAUGAGAUUCGGAGGAACGACCUCGCCAUCCGGGACUGUUGCCUGUACUUCGCCGACAGGAGCAGAGGCUUCGGCGCGCUCCUGGUUACCUUGGACAAGAACCUCAACCUUGAAUGUCAUAAAGAAGAUAUCGAUGUUUGCUUGCCCCCGCAACGCAGCUGGUCAAGUCGCCUCCUGGCGAAGGCGCUGCCUGUGGCGGGGGUGAAGGUAGAGAUAUUCCAAGAUCGAGAAGCGUUUCCGCGCUACCGCCCGUCUAAGACGCGUCAACGGCUCGGCCAUACUGAGGGGCCUGCUGCGCUAGCACCGCGUCUGGCGAUCGAGGACGUGGAUAUGAUGGAUGUAGACGACGCGGCGGGUCCGGAUGCGUCGGAGGAAUACGUUCCGCUGCAUGCUCGGGAUUCCCUGCAUGCGCAGAUAGCGGAGCACUUCACGCUUGUGCUGCGGGACUUGGCGCGCCGCGUACAUCACGAGUGCAGAGAACCUUUGACGGUGUCCAACUCGGCGCACGCUCCGGCGUAUAGGCGGACUGCGCUCUCGUCAUGGACGGCCGCGGCAUGCUUCAGCUAUUUGGAGACGAAGAAGGCGUUCGGGCGCGAGGCGUGGAUGCCGUACUUCUUCGCUCGGCGGGGGGAGCACGGGUGGCGCAAGGGGCAGGACUGGCCUCCCAGGAUGUGGAAUAUGGCGCUGGAUAUGUUGGAGGAGGUCGGGCGCAAGUUUGGGGAUGGGGCACUGCUGAGUUCUGUAGCUGCGGUUCGGCCUCAUGUGCAGGAGGUGUGGGAGGCGAAGCUGCGCCCAAUCUAGCUCUGCUAUAAUUGGAUGAAUGGAGCCCGGGAGACAGCACACCGAGUUAUGGAGGGUGCGGACGCAAGUUUCGGAUGUUAUGCCGGCGACACGUAAGGAUAGCUUUGGUGUCGGCGCGAUAGACGAAUGCAUUGA